AUGGAGGACUCGUCUAUCUUUCCCCCAGAGAGUCCCCUUUAUUUAGGAGUAUUAUGUUGUUCUGAACAGUUGUCUGGGGUGGAGGCAGGGUUUGAUGCCUAUUUUACGUCCCGCACACUUGAAAACAACAGAAGGAACGUAUGGUUUGCUGAAUAUUGGGAAGAAAACUUCAACUGCAAGUUGACGAUUAGUGGGUCAAAGAAAGAAGACACAGAUCGCAAAUGCACAGGACAGGAGAGAAUUGGAAAAGAUUCCAACUAUGAGCAGGAGGGGAAAGUUCAGUUCGUGAUUGACGCCGUCUAUGCUAUGGCUCACGCCCUGCAUCACAUGAACAAGGACCUCUGCGCCGACUACCGGGGGGUGUGUCCAGAGAUGGAGCAAGCGGGGGGCAAGAAGUUGCUGAAGUACAUCCGCAACGUUAAUUUCAAUGGUAGCGCUGGCACCCCAGUAAUGUUUAACAAGAAUGGGGACGCACCUGGGCGUUACGACAUCUUUCAGUACCAGACAACAAACACCACGAACCCGGGUUACCGUCUGAUUGGACAGUGGACAGAUGAACUUCAACUCAAU